AUGAUGAAAAAAAAAACUACAAGAAAUAAAAAUCGGCUUAAUCGGAAAUCGUGUCGUAAGGUAUUUCAAUUUCGCUCGCUUUUAUUGGUGCGCGUGAGACGCCUGAUGACACGACUCAAGGUACAAUAUAUGUAUACACCGUGGGCCAAUUAAAUCGGGCAGAUUAGGGCAGAUUUUUUUUUUUCCUAUAACAUUUUUUGCUCCUUAUGACCUUAGGAAUGCGUGGUUAAAAUCUACCGUUAAAAUUGCCGAUGGUGUGUACUGUAUUGAUACAGAAUGAGAUUAACGUAUCAAAUUGUUUAAAAAAAAGAAUCGGCCGCCAGUCAGAGUGGACAGUAGGUAUUUAUUUUGUCUCCGUUAUCUUUCAACGGACAAAACAAUAACAAUUCUCUGCUACAAUAACAUCCACAACUUGAUAAAAUGAACAGAUUCAUGUAAAUUUUACAAAGGACAGCUACGUAUUCCGAACUUAAUUUGGAUAAAAAAAAUAAGGACAAUUAAAAAGUAUAAAGUGUUAGAUAAAAUUUUAGUGAAUUUUUUUUUUGUAAAAAUGCACGGAGAAGCCCCAGAGUUCAAACGAUGUUGUUUCUGCUUGCCGUUAAGAAGAGGUUUGAUUGCUUGGGGAUAUACCAAGCUGAUACUCAACAUUUUGGCCAUUAUGUACGUUGGAUUCAUAACUUAUAUUUAUGCGGUCAGGUCUUGGAGACCUUCUGAGGCCAGAACUAUUGUGAUUCUGGCAUUUAUGUAUAUCUGUUUACUUCUUGAUAUCGCCUUCGAUAUUAUCUUUAUUUUCGCUGGACACAAGAGAAAUGAGAAGUUGCUGAAAAUAUCCUACAUUUAUAACAUAGUGUGGCUGGGCUUACUGACGCUAGGCAACUGCUUCCAAGUGUACCUGACCUUCAGUAUCAGCUACAGAAUGUGGUUUUACAUUGACAUACAGUACCGCAAAUAUAUUAUCUUGGAUGUGCUCACCAGUUCAGGAAUAGCUUUAAGUCUUAUUUCUGUACAAAUAUACCUAAUAUUGCUGAUACGCAGUGAGAUAAUAAAACUACGCCAGCAGACCUUAGGCAUGCAAUACACAAACUACACAGCGUCAGGCGAACCGCAGUGCACACUUCAUAACACAUCUGACCAUUACACGGAUAAGAAACAAGCUGUGCAGGACUGUUGCACGGAUAAGAAACAAGGUAUGGAGGACUGUUGCACGGACAAGGAACAAGGAACAAACUGUUGCACGAAAGAGAAAUGUAACAAAGGUUUUGUAGCUUGAUAGCACAGACUAGGUAUUAGAUAUGAACUAUUAUGUAUUACGAGUUUAUACUCGUUAUUGUUAGCAAUAAAACUUUAAAAUUAACGGAAAAACGUUUUUAUUUUAUUUUACGGAGUGUGUAACUUUAGCGAUUGAUACUAGAAUGGAACAUGAAAGGCAGCAGGCCUUAGGAAUGCAAUACACAAACUACACAGCUUCAGACUAACCUUCUUCAUAGCUUCAUAACACAAGUGACCAAUACACGGAUAGGAAACAAGCUGUGCAGAUUUGUUGUACGGAUUAGAAGCAAGGUAUGGAGGCCUAUUGCACGGUACUGUUGCUCAAAAGAGAAAUGUAAUUUAAAUAUGAGUAACGCUAUCGGUUAAACGGUAGGUCUUAGCCUCGUAAAUAUAAGGGUCAAUUUAUAACAGUCAGGUUUGACUUCAUAGCGAGGUUUCUUUCAUUGAGAGGCGCCUUAAGCGAAUGCCAAAGCAAUCAUGUCGUUAAAAAACCACUAUCGAGAUAGUAAUAAGGUUAAAAUUACUGUAACAGCUCAUUCAGAGAUAACGAGUUUGGGUAUAGCAGGACGAUCGGUCGCCUGUGUUGCCUGACAAUUAACAAAAUUAGCUGUUACAUGAAUUCGAACCAUAAAAACAGGACGGUAAAGUUUCUUAUUAAUUAUUUCGUAAGUAAUAUUUUAAUAUGUCAAUGUUCUGUGAAUAUACAUUACAUACCUACUUAUU